AUGGUUUCCAAACUCGCCUUCAACAGCCUUGCGCUUCUCGCCUCCUCCAGCUCUGUGCUCGCUCAGUUCCAAGGCACAACCUACAAUCAGACGGGCCCUUUUCUCCUUCAGGUCGUCACGGCUGAUGAUGAUGCACUUGUGGGCAAAUAUCUCACCACCUGCCAUGCCGGCGCUACCAUUACGGGCCUUUGCAUCGGCUCCAACGACGUCAGCAACUUCACCCUGAGCUUUUACUACAACUACACCAUCGUCAACGGCCAACCAUCCAAGACCGGCUUCCUCACAUGGUCGCUGCCGGUUCCUGGCGCCGAGGGCCCCCUGAGCCUUUCUGAGCCCAUGAGCCUCAUGUUUGAGCCCGGAAGUAAUGUGGCUGUACCCAUGUUUACACCUAGUCAAGCUGGUACGCCUGUCGGAUGGGACAAUAACACUCUUUUCAUCGCGGCGCCCUACGACGAUUCCAAGUUCAGACCCAAUGUCUAUCCCAACGCGACGACCACAGACGGCAGCAUCAUGCGACAGCUCCGCAAUUGGCAUUCUUGCUGGGUGUUGUACAGCGCCUACUACUUCAAUUCUGUCGGCUGGGUCUCUGGCGGCGAGCCACGCAACCCUACCUGCGAGCCUGUCACCAUUGUCAGAGUCGAUCCAGCAUCCUUGAUCAUCUCCAGUCCCUGGGACGAGUUGUCUGACGAGUGGUCUCCAGUUGCCCCAGAAGAGGAUCAGGACGAAAAAGACGACGAGGCUGAUGACGAUGAAGCUGAUGACGAUGAAGAUGAUGAUGCCGGGGACGAGGAUGCUUCUGCUGAGGGUCAUCAAGAGGGUCAGCAGGCAAACCCAGAGGAGACUCUGGGUGCUAGCGCCGAAGGGAGUGCCAGCAACAGUUUUGGUGAGGAGCAUGGCUUCAACGGAGCUGUUCAAGAGGGUACUGGCGAAUAUCAGGUGCAGCAGCCUCAGGAAGCGUCUCAGGGUGAGCAGACCCAGGAGGGUGAGCAGCCAUCAGAGGAGGCUCAUGUGGAAGAACACGCUGAGGAGGAGCAUGCAGAGGAGGGACAUGAGGGCGAGCAGUAA